UACUGUACUUCAUAGUUCUGAACUGGUCUAUUCAGACUUGGCUUGAUCUCUUGCGCUGUUACUGUUGUUAUUAUUUUGGGUUAAUUUGCUUUUAAUUGUUCGCUUCACUCAUUUCUUGGUCUCCUAUUGCGACAUUUGUUGUUUUCUUUUGCUUGUUAUGAUAAUUACGUAAUGUUUACUUGAUUCAUCUCUCUGUGAAUUCUUGGUUGACGAGAUCAUAACAUACCUUGCUUUCGUCCUUUUCUGCUUUUGCGUUAUUUGCUUUAUCUGUUGUAUUUCUCUGCUGUGGGAAACCAGUGUCUGUUUUGUACCGCUUUUCUCUCUUUCUCUCUCUGAACUGUCAUUUACCAAGUUUUCUGUUCUACCUGGUGCAGUGGUAAAACCAGGAAAAAAGCUUAAAAAAUCAGAGUUUUUAACUAUAUAUACGCUUUUGUAUGGAUGUUUAUUCUCACUCACAUGUUGAUCUCAUUCGGGUUAGUUAAUUCAAUUGGUUUCAUCAUCCAUUUAAUUAGCUUCCGGCAAAUUGUGUCUUCGACCAAGUACCAAAGACCCCAGUUUUCAACUACAAGGUGUAAAUUGUCUAAUACUUCCUUAUGUUAGAGAAUCUUUGGGGUUAGGAUUGUUUACUCAGUUGAAUAUACAUGGAAUCUGAGAGUUUGAUUUGAGAUGUAUGUAGUGGAAAAGGAUGGAAGACAUAGUUUACACAUGAUAUUUUCAUUCUAAAACUGAACCAAAUGGGUUGUUGUGUCUCAACAAGCAGUCAGAGUACUUGUAGUAGCAGGAGCAAUGUAGACACAAUCACUCCAACGUGUCUAGAAUUUGGAUUCUGUGGUCAAAAGAGUGCAAAGAGAACAUUCUCUGAUCAUGUUGUUUCUCUGCACCAAUUACCAUCCUUACCAAACAGAAUUUUUACUAAUGGAAAGAGCAGGUCUUCUUGCAUAUUUACACAGCAGGGUCGAAAGGGUGUUAAUCAGGAUGCCAUGAUUGUAUGGGAAGAUUUCAUGUCAGAAGAUGUGACAUUUUGUGGUGUCUUUGAUGGCCAUGGUCCUCAUGGCCACCUUGUUGCACGCAAAGUCAGGGAAGCGUUGCCACUAAAACUGCUUUCAUUUUUGCAUUCCUCCGAAUCAGGGCGAAAUGGUUCGGGUAAAGAUUGUUUCAGAGGCAACAUGAAGCCUGAAAGUGGAGAGUCUGAGAAAGAUGUCCCUGCUGAAGAUAAAUUGAACUCUAUGUGGAAAGAAGCUUUCAUGAAGGCAUUCAAGGCUAUGGAUAAAGAGCUGAGGUCUCAUCCAAAUUUGGACUGCUUCUGUAGUGGGAGCACAGCUGUCACGAUAGUGAAGCAGGGUUCAAAUUUGUUCAUGAGCAAUAUUGGUGAUUCCCGAGCAAUCAUGGGAUCAAAAGACAGCAAUGACUCCAUGGUGGCAAUUCAGUUGACUGUUGAUUUGAAGCCUGAUUUGCCAAGGGAAGCAGAAAGAAUUAAACGGUGCAAGGGUAGGGUAUUUGCAUUGCAAGAUGAGCCAGAAGUUCAUAGGGUGUGGUUGCCUUUUGAUGAUGCACCAGGAUUAGCAAUGGCUAGAGCAUUUGGAGAUUUUUGCUUGAAGGAAUAUGGUGUGAUUUCUAUACCUGAAUUUUCUCAUCGGCAGCUUACUGACAAGGAUCAGUUCAUUGUUCUUGCUUCAGAUGGGGUUUGGGAUGUUUUGAGCAAUGAAGAGGUGGUUGAGAUAGUAUCUUCAGCAUCAACACGAUCAUCAGCGGCAAGGACUCUGGUGGAUUCAGCAGCUCGAGAGUGGAAACUUAAGUAUCCGACUUCAAGAAUGGAUGACUGUGCUGUCGUAUGCCUAUUUUUGGAUGGAAAAAUGGAUGCAGAAUCUGAUUGUGAUGAGCAAUGCUUCUCUUCUGCAACCAUCCCGUGCAAUGAUUCGGACGAUGGUAAAAAGUCUGAGCCAUCUUUGCAAAGGAACUUUACUGUGAGAUCCUCAGAAGAAAGUGAAACCUAUGGAGGAGUGGUAUCUGUUGAUGUUGAAGAUGGAAAAUCAGCAGCUGAAGAUCAAAACUGGUCAGGUCUUGAGGGCGUCACCCGAGUAAACUCACUUGUUCAACUUCCUAGAUUUUCUGAGGAAAGGCUAAAGUCUUGA